UUCGGGAAGAAAGAAUCACUUCUCUGUUAUUUUUCACUCUAUAAUCUUUCUGUUCCCUUUGUUUCACAACAAAAUAUCUCAAUGAAUUCUCAGUGAGUAGAACAUGGAAAACAUAGAAACGCUAUGUCGUUUUGAGCUGGUCAUGGACCAUACAUGGUCCCAUAACAUCAAAUAAUAUGCAAAACUGAAAAGUUGUGGUCCAAUAGCUUAAGAGUCAAGACCUUAGCAUGAGUAGCAUUAGUUUUAGAUAACAAAGGUUGGGUAGAGCUUAAAGAGAAAAAGAAAUGGCAGCAAUACAUUUGAAUUUCAAUUCAUUAACUCUAAAACUUGAGAAAAAUUACACCAAAAUACUUCCCUACGCUCCUCAACGAAGGUCCAAUAUACCAAUAAAUGCAGCUCUAGGAAGAGGAGCAUCAGGCAGGCAGCUAAUAGAAUCAGGAACCAUUAAAGCAAUCCCUCCAAAAGAAGCAGCCAUUGCCCUGAAAUCCCAAGAGUUGGAGCUCUUGGAUGUGAGGCCAGAGUGGGAAAGAGAGAAAGCGCGCGUGCCUGGUUCACUGCACGUUCCGCUCUUUAUCAAGGACUCAGACAACUCCCCGAUUACCUUACUCAAGAAAUGGGUUCAUUUUGGGUACAUUGGUUUGUGGACUGGACAGAAGUUUACUACCAUCAACUCAGAGUUUGUAUCACAAGUUCAAGGGGUUGUUCCUGAUAAGGAUAUCAUGCUUCUUGUGGCAUGUGGGGAGGGACUAAGAUCUAUGGUGGCGGUUUCAAAGCUGCAUGAAGCGGGAUACAACAACUUGGGAUGGUUGGCAGGAGGAUUUACCCGAGCUAAAGAUGGUGAUUUUGCGGUUGAAGGAGAUGAGAAAUUACAAUAUGCUACUAUAGGGGGUGUAUCGUAUUACUUUCUUAAAUUGCUUACACUCUUACAAGGAGCUGACACAUCUAGUUGAAGUAGAUGAGUUCAACAUUUU